UUGUAGAGAAGGGGUUAGAUGCCGAAACCGUGGAGAAAAUUGGUUCAUACGUGACACAAAGGGACCACCCUUUGAAAUUAUUAGCAAAACUUAAAGAAGACGGAAGUGAAUUUCUGAAAAACGAUUCAUCAAAGCAAGCGUUGAAUGAGUUAGAGCAGUUAUUCCAAGCGUUGGACAAUGCAAGAUGCGUUGACAAAGUCGUUUUCGAUUUGAGUUUGGCAAGAGGCCUUGAUUAUUACACUGGUGUCAUAUAGGAAGCCGUUUUCAAAGGGACUACAGAGGUUGGUUCAAUUGAUGCGGGUGGACGUUAUGACAAGCUUAUAGGCAUGUUUACUAAAAAAGACGUUGCUGCAAUCGGUGUCAGUCUGGGAAUAGAACGUGUAUUCGCAAUAAUGGAAGAAAACCAAAAAGAAGGGAAUCAGGUUGUUCGAGCCAGUGAGACACAAGUGUUAGUGAGCAUCUUAGGGGAUGGCUUGUCGUUAGCAGCUAAACUGGUGAGCAUGUGUUGGGAUGCAAAACUGAAGGCGGAGUUCCUGGUGAAUAAAAGGUUGAACAAGCACUUUGACCGUGCGAAAGAAUUCGGAAUCCCUUGGAUGGUGAUUGUAGGUGAACAAGAAAUCAAAAAAGGAACCGUCAAGUUGAAAAACAAGGAUGCCAAUGUUGAGAAAGAGUGCGCUACAAGCAAUUUUGUUGACGAGCUCAUCGGACUUAUGAACAACCAGGUAUUUAGCUCAAUAAGGAUAAUGAAGUAACUGUUUUCAAUUGGUUUUUGCAUAUAUCUGAUGAUAGAGUGGUCAACUUCUUUCAUUUGAACCAU